AUGGCUAGGAAGGAUCACCAGCCUGACCCAGAGAAACACCGAGUCCCCCUGUUGGGCGUGAGGCACCUUCAGGCACUGCUGUUAUGCAUCGCACACGUGCUGGUCUUCAGCUUGCGCACCAACAUGUCGGUGGCGGUGGUUGUCAUGGCCAACAACACCGCUGGCAACCCUAACAUCAAGGUUGGUACCUGCUGGCUGAACUGCUGGGUCAUCACAACACUGUCCAAGUGCAAACAACUUGUAAUUCCUACAAAUAAUGCUGAUAUUGAUUCUGACUGUUUUGAUGAUGACAUUAAUGAUCCAGAUUUCAAUUUAAAUGAGGAGAUAGAAGAUUCUGCUUAUAUUAAUUCUACUGCAAGUCAAAAGGAAGACGAUCGCAACAGAACCAACCCUGGGAUUAAAGACGUCACAAUGGAAACAUCAAGAAAAAGUAAAAGUCUAGUGAAGAAACAGCAACAGAAGAAACUUGCAAGGAAUAGUGUACUUGAGUAUACUACAAAAGAAGGUGAUCAGCUGGGCACAGUAGUAGCAAUGAUUAUAUCAGGAGCAUUAGCUCAGAGUGCUCUUGGGUGGCCAUCUAUAUUCUACUUCUUUGGUGGACUUUCCAUACUUUGGGGAAUGAUAUUAUUCUGGUUUGGAGGGAAUACCCCUUCUGGACAUAAGAAUAUUUCUAGAGCAGAACUUAUUUAUAUUGAAGAAUCUUGGAAGGACGUCUCUCGUGAACGAAAGAAGUUUCCAACGCCGUGGAUAUCAAUUUUCACAUCACUGCCCGUAUUUGCUUCUAUAGUAGCCACUAUGUCGCUGUGCUGGGGAUACUACACACUCCUGACAGAGAUACCAACGUAUCUGAGUAAUGUUCUUCGAUUUGACAUUGCAUCUAACGGGCUACUUUCUGCACUGCCUUACGUCGUUAACUGUGCCCUGAGUCUUGCCUUCAGCUGGGUCAUCAACAGCGUAGAGAAGAAGGAAAUAUUUAGCAAGGGGACCUUGAGGAAGGUGGCCAAUUCCAUUGGUUACUGGAUCCCAGCCGCGGCUUUAGUUGCCCUCAGCUUCAUCUCAGUGGAGGACCCAACGGCAGCUGUGAUCUUGCUGACUGUCUCCGUCGGUUUUAAUAGUAUCAGUAUCAUGGGCUACCAGAUGAACCUUAUCGACAUCGCACCAAACUUCUCUGGCCUGAUGAUGGGUAUUACUGGUAGCAUCGGGACACUGAUGUCAGUCGCUGCACCACUUUAUGUGGGGGCUAUAGUCAAGGAGAACACCAUUCAAGAGUGGAGAAUUGUAUUCCUCACAGCAGCUGGAGUCUUCUUUGUGGGCAAUCUGAUUUUCGUUAUUUUCGGUGAUGGCGAAGUUCAACCUUGGAACGACCCUAACUAUUCGAGAGGAAAGAAAACAGAAACUAUAGAAAAGGUUGCAGUUUGA